GUGCCGAGUUACGAGUUCACGACGACGACGCGGGAUCAGUGAGCGUCGCGACGCCCGCCAGUGAAGGUGGUAAAAGCGUGCACUGAUCGGUCCAACUUUUCACAUAGUGAACGUUCGAUACAUUGCGGACAUUUUUCUCCGUUCUUUUUUCGAAGAGAAGAAAUGAAAAAAUAUGGACAACAAAACAAAGCAAGAAAUGAAGUAGAUCUUUUCGAAACGUUUUUUCAUCUUUUUAUUGUAUUUUUUUGAGUAUAAGUUCCUCGAUUGCGUGCGAUACCAAGUGAAGCGCGCUCGCGCGCACGAUUAUGGGGCUAAAUGGGGGCUGAUGGACAUUUUCGAGUGACCUUGUCCCUCAGAAGGGAACCAGCGGCGGGCCCAGUUUAUUGUAAAAUGGAGACCUCCGCAAGAUUUCGACAGCUCAAAACCGUCAAACUCAGCUGCGAGGCUAUGUACCGGCUCGACAUCAGCUUCAAGCCGCCGCAACUGCUGCAAUCGUUGAGCAUUGGAGGGAAACAAGUGGAAGCUAUUGAGCGUGCAAGAGAUGGUACAGCUUGCGCUUACAGCGCUUAUCACAGCACAAAAGGAAUUCCUGCAAGCGCGAGAGGUCAUCGAGAGGAACUUUCGAUAGCUAUGCGGGUUCUUGGCUCUGGUUAUCUUACCACCUGUCUGCAAAUCAAAUAUUACCGUCAGGAUGAUCAGAGUCAUUGCGAAUGGGGAGCGAGAUUGCAUUGUAUCGAGCUUGAUUGUACGAGCGUUGAAGGGAGACUUGUUACAGUCGAUCGAGAAACUUACAGAAAGCUUGGUAUAGAAUCAUAGCGAUUGGAGUUAAUGCCGUAAUGAAGUCGGCAAUUUUUGUAGGUUAAAGGAAAAAAAUAUAUAUAAAAGAUGGGCUUUCCUUACAGCUAGACGGUUUCAAAUCGGAAAUUUACUUAUUGGACGCGAUUUCGAUUUAUUUAUAGCGGUUACAAUUUAUUCGAUCGUACGUAAAAAGGAUUAUUUUCUUUGAAUACAAUUGUUGUCACUUUCGAAAAACGACAUUGCUUGGGGAUGAUUCUGAAUAUCUUUAAUACGUUUGGCAAGCUCAGCCAUUUUGUUAUUAAACGAUAUAAAAUGUAUUAUCGAGAGAUCGAAUAUAACGAUUUGAAAAAAUUUUGUACGUAGAUGGCAGUAUGAUUUGUGGUAAGAUAUUUAAUUUAAAGAGCGGGAAAGAUCGAAUUCGAUCAUAAGCUACUUUUACUAGUGCUGAGAUAUAUAAAAGAAAA